AUGACUGGUUAUAAUUCAGAGUUUUUAUAUUGAUUUCGUUUCUAUCUAGGUUUCUAUUGUUUAGUUUUAUUCUUGAGCCCAGUAUUCAUAACACAGGAAAUAAAAGAACAACAAAAACCAAAUUAAUUUUCAUUUGGUUGAAGAAAUAUUCGAUAAAAGUCUUAUAAAACUAAAUACAUUUGUUAUAAGAAAUGGGACACUCCGAUGGGCAGACGUUCGACAACGAAAAUAACAAAGAUAAUGUUUCGAGCGCUCUGUUAAAUAUCGAAAAGGCAGAACCACAAAAGUUACCGUAUCCAAAACGUGUAUUCCUCAUUAUUGGAAAUGAGUUUUGUGAACGGUUCAAUUUCAAUGGAUUUAGGGCAAUUUUGGCAUUUUAUUUGCGAUUCAAACUCGGUUUCACUGAAAAUGAUGCCACGGUACUGUUUCAUGCUUUUGUGAUGUUGGUGUAUUUCACAUCUAUCUUUGGAGCCGUCAUAUCUGACGUUUGGUUGGGAAAAUUCAAAACAAUUUUGUAUUUUUCAAUUUUAUACGUUAUCGGAAGCACGAUCGUUGCACUUGGAGCAAUCCCAGCCAUUUCAAUUUCACCUAAGAUUGCACUUUACAUCGGAUUGACUUCAAUCACAAUCGGCAGUGGCGGUAUAAAAGCAUGUGUUGCACCUUUUGGAGGAGAUCAAUUUGAAUUACCGGAACAAAGUGCACAAAUGGUCAGAUAUUUUUCCAUGUUUUUCUUUGCGUUUCAUGCUGGCUCAUUCAUUUCCACAUCUAUUACACCCAUGUUAAGAGCAGACAUACAUUGUUUCGGUGAAAAUGAUUGCUAUUCGCUGGCAUUUGGAGUUCCUGCAUUGCUUAUGAUUACAUCUAUAGUGCUCGUCAUAAUUGGUAAAUCAUCUUACACUUAUGUUCAAACGUCUUCCGAGAAUAUGUUGCUAAAAAUGUUGGAAUGCAUAUGGAAUGCAAUAAUCACCAAACGACUCAAUGGAAAAACUAAGCCACGCAAAAAUCUGCUGGAUUAUUCGAUUGAAAAGUAUGGCGCACAACUGGUGGUUGACACUCGGAUUAUGUUAAAAAUUUUGGUGCUUUACUUACCUCUGCCCAUUUUCUGGGCAUUAAUUUUUCAAACUGGAUCCCGUUGGACCUUUCAAGCGAAUAAAAUGAACGGUGACCUUGGAUUUUAUACUCUAAAACCGGAUCAAAUGCAAAUGAUUGAAUCAAUAUUUACGCUUACAUUCAUCCCAUUGUGUGAGUUCGUCAUUUAUCCAUUGUUUAGCAAAAUUGGCAUACGGCGACCAUUACAAAAAAUGAAGAUUGGUGGUAUUUUGGCGGGAAUCGCAUUUUUGCUCUCUGCAUAUGUCCAAUACCGAAUUGAAUCGAUGCCGCUAAAUUCCGUAAAUAUGUUGUGGCAAAUACCACAAUAUGUGUUUUUGUCACUGUCUGAUACCAUGACUGGGGUAACUGGCCCAGCGUUUUCAUACGAACAAGCUCCCGAAAGCAUGAAAUCGGUUGUCUUAUCCAUUUGGUGUUUAGAAGUGGCUCUUGGUAAUACAAUUCUUAUUUUUAUAGCCGGAAUGGAAUUCUUUGAAUCACGUGUCUAUGAAUUGUUCUUUUUCUCCGGUUUAAUGUUUUGCAGCAUGUUUGUAUUUGCAAUUUUUGCCUAUAAUUAUGAAAAAUUUAAGAGAUCUAUUGAUUCAGAAAAAAAUAAAAUGGUUGCGGUUAGUACAUGAUUUUUCGAUAAACGUACCAACAG